AUGACGACUAAAGCCUGUUUUGCUCUUUUGACACCAGAAGACUUUGUUGUUGUGAAUGGUAAAAAAUACUCCUUUGAAGAUACUUACUCAGAUAUACCACCAACAGGUUUUGUUGACUUAUUUAAUACUUUAAGUACGGGUGUAACAUGUGCUGCAACUAGAGCAGGUUUCAUUAUGUUUGGAUGUCCGACUGAGUUUACUCUAAACGAUAUGAGCUAUAAUACAAAACUUAUAUCUGGUUUUUACUACCAACAGUUUCCUAUAACAGGAAAAGGUGUCAUACAAGGAAUGUCUGUUCCAUUGACUUUAAGUACACCUAUUUUAUAUAUUGUUUCAAACUUAGGUUCAAAGUGUUAUUCGAAUGUCGACAGAAACUACUAUGACCAAAAGAUACUUAUGCGUAUAAACAACACAUUCUCUGCUGGUUUGCCUAUUGUUCAUUCGAAUGCAGAGUUUUCAGCUUUAGUAAACUCAAACACUUUAGCAAACAUAAACUUAACCUUAGUUGACGCAAACUUUGUUCCUGUAAAACUUUUAUGUCCUAUGUAUUUGUCAAUGACGGCAGAAAGUUUCGAAUUGGAAGAUGCAACUGGUGAAAGUAUUGUAUUACAAGAACAACAAAUGCAACAAAUAGCUCAAGAACAAAGUCAAGAAUAA